AAAUGAUCUAGAUAGACAACUGGACAAAUAAAUGAAUGUUAUUCAACCUUGGUGAAUUGUGAUGGUGACCAAGAAAUAAUUAUAUCAUCAUUCAGUUUAUUCAUAUAUCGCUGCUUCGUGUUAUGUUUAAACCAUUGAGAUGAAAUAAGGAAUGUCAAUUUCAAACGUGGAAAAUUGAAAUUAAGAUGUUUGGAGUUAUCAUUCUGAUUUUCAUUUUGUUGAUACUGCUAUAUUUUUUGGCGAUCAAACCAUUCCGUUACUGGAGGGUGCGGGAAGUGAAAACUGGAAAAGAAAUACCCUUGUUCGGAGAGAACUUUGGGAUAGUUUUCGGUCUUGAGAGUUUCGUGGACCAAACAAAGAGAAUAUAUAACUUAUAUCCAAAUGAAAGGUACUAUGGAAUAUAUCAAUUUUCAACACCUGCUUUGGUACUGCGAACUCCAGAUAUCAUCAAGAAGAUGUGCGUCAAGGAUUUCGAUUAUUUUUUGAACCGUCAAAACUUUGCAGCAGAAGGCGAUGUUCUUUUCUCCAAAAAUUUGGUUGGUCUGAAAGGCCAAUCAUGGAAAGAUAUGAGAUCUGCGAUCAGCCCAACAUUCACCAGCAGCAAAAUGAAAUCAAUGUUUGUCAUGGUAUGUCAAAAUGCGAAAUUAUUCGUUGAUAAUUUCCUGGAGAAGGAUGAAGAGAUCACUGAAGUGGAAUUUAAAGAUGCGGUAUCUAGAUUCACGAGCGAUGUUAUAGCUAGUACCGCAUUUGGAAUUCAAGUGGAUUCUCUGAAAGAUAGAAAUAACACGUUUUUCAAAAUGGGUAGGGAAGGCAUCAAUUUUGGCAGCCUCCGAAUCAAGAUUGCAUUUUGUCUGUAUCAGCUAUCACCCAAAAUUGCUUCCAUAUUAGGAAUACCCAUUAUUGCGACGAAGGUCCAGGACUUUAUCAUAAAUCUGGUUAGAGAUACGCUCAAAAUGAGGGAAGAAAGAAAUAUAAAACGUCCAGAUGUUCUGGGAUUGCUCCUUGAUGCCAGAAGAGGGUUGAUGAGUACGAAAGAGACUGAAGAAGAAAACGAUGGGUUUGCCGUUGUCAAAGAGCACUUAGAAAUGAAGGGUAUAAACUGCGAUUUAACUGAUGUGGAUAUUGCUGCGCAAGCAUUCGUUUUCUUCCUAGCUGGCUUCGAAGGAGUUGCUACACUUUUAUGUUUAACCGCUUAUGAGCUGGCAAUUAAUCCAGACAUACAGAGAAAACUGAUGGACGAAAUUGAUGAAAAUUGGCCAGAAAACAAUGAGCCUUCCUACAACAAGGUCAUGAAUAUGACGUAUAUGGAUAUGGUGGUUUCAGAAGCUUUAAGGAAAUGGCCCAAUGGAAUAAUGACGGACAGGGUUGUCACAAAGGAAUAUACGAUUCAACCUGAACUUCCUGGCGAAAAACCAGUGACACUCGAAGAAGGCACGGUAUUGAUUAUCCCCAUUUUGGGAAUACACUUCGAUCCGAAAUACUACCCGAAUCCAGAAAAGUUUGAUCCUGAACGAUUUUCUCCAGAGAACAGACAUAAAAUCGACCCCUACACUUAUAUUCCAUUCGGAGUGGGUCCAAGGAAUUGUAUUGGUUCGAGAUUUGCACUAAUGGAAGUUAAAGCUCUUCUUUUUUACCUGCUUCAUCAUUUCGAGCUAGUUCCGAUUGAAAAAACUCAGAUUCCGAUCAAACUGAAUAAGAAUGGUUUCGGUUUCGUUCCUGAGAAUGGUUGCCAUGUAGGAUUGAAGAAAAGAUGUGAGUGGAUUAUAUCCAUAUUGAGGAAUAUCGAAUUUUUAGAUCCAUCUAAACUGAUCAGGUUGGUCUGUCUGGCUCAUCAGAUCUUGAAAAGCAGAAAAGUCCUACAGAUGUUUGGGUUGAUCAUCCUUCUUUCCAUUCUAUUGAUACUGCUGUAUUAUGUGGCGGUCAAACCAUACAGUUACUGGAAAGAUCGGGGUGUGAAGACUGGAAAAGUGAUACCUUUUUUCGGAGAUAACUUCAGAGUUGUUUUUGGUCUCGAAGGUUUCGUGGACCAGACUAAGAGAAUUUAUAACUCAUUUCCAAAUGAAAGGUACUACGGUAUAUAUCAGUUUUCAAAGCCUGCAUUGGUACUGCGAACUCCAGGUAUCAUCAAGAAGAUGUGCGUAAAAGAUUUCGAUUAUUUUCCGAAUCGACAAAACUUCGCAACACAAGGCGAUGUUCUGUUUUCUAAAAAUUUGCUGGGUCUGAAAGGACAAGCAUGGAAAGAUAUGAGAUCGGCCAUAAGUCCAACAUUUACCAGCGCCAGAAUUAAGUCCAUGUUCGUUUUGGUAUGUCAAAAUGCGAAAUUGUUCAUCGAUAAUUUCCUGAAGAAGGAUGAAGACAUCACAGAAGUUGAAUUCAAAGAUGUUAUAUCUAGAUUCACCAGCGAUGUUGUAGCUAAUGCCGCAUUUGGAAUUCAAGUGGAUUCUUUGAAAGAUAGAAAUAAUAUGUUUUACAAAAUGGUAAGGCAUGGUGUCAAUUUAGGCAGCAUCAGAAUCAAGAUUGCAUUUUGCCUGUAUAAGCUAUCACCGAAAAUUGCUUCCAUUUUUGGAAUACCUCUUCUCGAAAGGAAGGUUGAAGACUUCAUACUUAAUUUGGUUGAAAAUACUCUCAAAAUAAGAGAAGAAAAAAAUAUAAGGCGUCCAGAUAUUUUAGGCUUGCUCCUUGAUGCUAGAAGAGGGUUGUUGUCAACAAAGGAGCCAGAAGAAGAAAACAACGAAGGAUUUUCGAUUGUUAAGGAGCACUUAGAAAUGAAGACUAUAGACUGCGAUUUAAGUGAUGUCGAUAUCGCUGCCCAGGCCUUUGUUUUCUUUAUAGCUGGUUUUGAGGGAGUUGCUACACUUUUAUGUAUAACCGUUUAUGAGCUGGCAAUCAAUCCAGAGGUACAGAGAAAACUGAUUGACGAAAUUGAUGAAAAUUGGCCAGAAAACAACGAGCCGUCUUACAACAAAGUCAUGAGUAUGACUUAUCUGGAUAUGGUAGUUUCAGAGAUCUUAAGAAAAUGGCCUAACGGAAUAAUAACAGACAGGAUCGUUACAAGAGAAUACACGAUUGAACCUGAACUUCCCGGCGAAAAACCAGUGACACUCGAAGAAGGAACUUUAAUACUUAUCCCCAUUUUAGGGAUACACUCAGACCCGAAAUAUUACCCAAACCCAGAAAAAUUUGACCCUGAGCGAUUUUCUCCAGAAAACAGACAUAAAAUCGACCCAUAUACUUAUAUUCCCUUUGGAGUGGGUCCAAGGAAUUGUAUUGGCUCAAGAUUUGCUCUGAUGGAAAUUAAGGCUCUCCUCUUUUACCUGCUUCGACAUUUCGAGCUGAUUCCUGUUGAGAAAACUCAAAUUCCUGUUAAAAUUAGCAAGAAUGCGUUCAAUAUCAUUCCUGAGGAUGGACUUUAUGUUGGAUUAAAAAGAAGAUAAUGAUUUAUGAAAUUAUGAUACCUAAAUAAUUUACUUG